UUGUAGACUUGUCAAUUUGACAAGCAUGGACAAACCAGUGGUAGCAUUUUUGUUGUCACAUCGUGUCGCGGGAGAUUACUUUACUCCUGUUUUCCUGCUCUCUGGCAGCUCACCCUGCCACCGUCUACUUUUUAUACCUCACAGAUGGUUAUUAUGCGAAGUAGUCCAGUGGUAA